UCCCGCCCCGCUCUCUCCCAAGAUGGCGGCGCCCUUGGCGCUGCAGCUGCAGGAGCUGCUGGACCCCCGGCCCGCCCCGCGGGACCCCGAGGAUGAUGCGGAGGAAGCUACAGUUGCUAAAGUGAUUGACAGAUUUGAGGAUGAGGGCACGGAUGACAUUUUGCCUGUUGGCAAUAUCAGGAAAAGAGCCUCAGCCUCUCUCCUGGAAGCUGAUAAGAGGUACAGUGGGAAAGCCACAUCUCGGAAAGCUCUGCAGGAGGAGCUCUGGGGAGAUGCUCUGUCUGAAGAAGGAUCUGCUGAAGAAGCACUAGAUGACUGGUACAGUGGCAGUGAAGGCUCAGAAGAGGAGGACAGUGCUGGCACUAAGGGCAGGGAGAAGGCCAGCAGUGCUGGCACUGAGCAGGAGGAGGACUUGGAGGGUGACCUGGAGGAUGAUGAAGAGGCCAAGGCACCCAAGUUCAGCUCCCAGAAUAUCACAGACUUUGAGAAGUUUACAGAAGGCAUGGAUGAUGUGGGGAGCAGUGAAGGGGAGGAUGAGGAUGAGGAUGAAGAUGAUGCUGAUAUGGAAGAUGGAAACGAGGAGGAGGAAGAGGAGGAGGAAUUUGGGAGUGAGAACCACGAUGACAGAAAAGAAACCAAAGACAGUGAAGAUGAUGGGGGAGUGCUGACCUUCUCCAGAGGACAGGAGUCUGAAGAAGUGGAGAAGGGCAAAGCUGUGAGGAACCAGCUAGCCCUGUGGGAUCAGCUGAUGGAAGGGAGGAUCAAGAUGCAGAAGGUGCUCCUGACAGCCAACAGGCUGCCCCAGCCAGACACCUACCCCAGGUUCAGGAAGGAGGGGGGACAGGACUUUGACCACGCUGUGGAGAACUGUUGUAAAGCCCUGGAGGCCUUGCUGAAAGUGCUGGUGGAGCUUCAGGAUGAGCUGCUUUAUCAGUACCCAGGCACGAGGCACCUGGUGGAUGGAAAGCAAGCAAAAACUGAGAGUGAGGAUGAAAUCCUGAGCAGCAGUGAUGAGGAGCCAGUGGAGAAGGCUCAGGAGAAGAGGAGGAGCCUCCCCAAGAGGAAGCUGAAGUUUGAGGAGUACCCUGAGUUCAUAGCCAAGCGCUACAGGGACUUCAGGAGCUACAGGAACAGCACCCUGCAGAAAUGGCACGACAAGACCAAACUGGCAACUGGCAAAAUGGGCAAGGGUUUCGGAGCCUUGGAGCGCUCGGUGCUGGCGCAGAUCGAGCACGUGCUGCUGGACAGGGAGCGCCUGCUGCGGCGCACGCAGACCCGCCGCUCGCUGUACACCGUGCUGGGCAGGCAGGAGCCCCAGCCUGCCCCCGCCCCUCAGCCCGGGCCUGACAACUCGGAAGUCCUCCCUGCCUCAGACUCCAACAGGCACCUGAAGGACAUUGAUGAGGAGAUAUUUGAUGAUGAUGACUUUUAUCACCAGCUCCUGCGAGAGCUGAUCGAGCGCAAAACCACGGCGCUGGACCCCAACGACCAGGUGGCCAUGGGCAGGCAGUGGUUGGCCAUCCAGAAGUUACGGAGCAAAAUAAAGAAGAAAGUGGACAGGAAAGCCAGCAAAGGGAGGAGAAUCCGGUUCCACGUCCACAGCAAGCUGGUGAGCUUCAUGGCACCUAUUGACCCCUGCACAAUGAAUGAUGAUGCCAGGACGGAGCUGUACCGGUCACUGUUUGGAAAAGUCACAAAGGGAGAAGAAGCAGAGCAGAAUUAGGAGCUGGAUUGAGCUCCUGUGUUCUCCAGCUGCUGCUGCUGCCCUCAGGCUGCCCAGGAGCAGAAUCUCUGUGGUCAGGAUGACCCCAAGAUGCCUUAGAAAGUCUCUUUUCCCAGCCUGGCAGUCGAAGGAGGAGUCAGAGUUCUUCUGUUCUGGUUUUCAAGGUUGUUUAUUUUUCUGUUAUCUAUAAAUUCUUUCCCUGGCUGCUGAGGACUGUCCAGCAGGUCAGACAGAGGCACACUGACCACCUUUGGGGUGGUGUUGUCUUUUAUACUAAAAACUCUGUGUACUUUAUUUACAAUAAUUUUCCAGUAACAUUAUUUACAGUAAUUUUCCAAUACCUAUCACCUGUGUUAGACAGUGUGUUCCUACCUUAAACCAGUCCAAAAGUGCCACCAUCACCCAGAAGAUGGAGGCCAGGAAGAAUGAGCAAGAAGGACAAAACACACCCAAAUUCCUCCAUCUUGAGACCCCAAGCCCCCAUUCUAAAAACCCCAAAAUUCUACUUUUUUAGUAGAAUUAAUAGUUAGUGACAACUAACUAUUAUUCUGCUUAAACUCUCCUGACUUGUAAUUCUUCAUGCAAAGCUGGCAGUUUGCUCCGUGGGUCAGAAUCAAAGGCACAGGGGUCCUGGGCUGUGUGCCGAGGUCUCUGAGCCCCCAGGCAGGGGCUGCAGCCAUCCAGGGCAGCCCUCUGCAGCCUCUGCUUCGUCCCUAAAACCCUUUUGAAGGAGGUUUUUCCCUUCCCUUUCUGGCUGUGAUGUUAAAGGGUAACACGAACCACUUUCCAUGUGAUAACUUCUCGGUAUUGUUGGAGGAGAUAAGAGCCCGAGCCGUGCUGAGCAGCGCUUUGAAAUUCACUUAUCAGCGUUGCAGCAGCCUCUGCCAUCCCUGCCCUGCCUCCACCUGGGCUGGGGACACGGGGACAGAGGGACAGAGGGACAGGGGGACAGAGGGACAGGGGGACAGGCAGCCCCGCUGCAGCGCUGACCUUGCUGCAGAGACAGCACUGGCUCAGCAGGAAAAGGGACUCACACAGUGCCUGGUGUGGAAAUGCUGCAGGAAAAGGGCAGGAAAGGGAUUCUCACAGUGCCUGGUGUGGAAAUGCUGCAGGAAAAGGGAUUCACACCCUGCCUGGUGUGCAGUGCUGCAGGAAAAGGGAUUCA